CUCAGAUGAGUUUAGCCAAAAGAAAAAAAUAGCAAGACAAAAGAUAAGUUCCUAGACGAAGCAUUUUCAGUUCCGCAGUUGACAGUUAAUGGCGACGGCAACAGCUGCGACGACGGUGGCAGUAGCUGCUGCUGCCUCCGCCGCUAAAAUUAUAAACCGCGGCAGAAUAAGUUUAAGCAUCCGCAAUCAUAUCGGCACCGUUAAUAUUAUUCAGAACCGUCAAUUCAUCAGAAAAACAUCAUCAGCACCAACACCAGCGCCAUUUUUAUCCACAACAAACCACAAUCGAUUUAUUCACUGCUUUUGCACCACCGCCGCUAAUAAUGUAGAAGAAGAGCCGACAACCGCCAGUGUUUCCACCGCCACCGCUACACCAUCGUCAUCUGAAUCAAAAUCGUCGUCAGAUGGAGAUAAAGACAAUGAAAGUGGAAAAUUAACGGAAGCAGCCAAGAUGCUGGACAUAAGGGUGGGGAGAAUAAUAAAAGCAUGGAGACAUGAAGAAGCUGAUUCUCUAUAUGUUGAAGAGGUUGAUGUUGGUGAAGCUGAGCCUCGUAUUAUAUGUAGCGGUCUUGUCAAAUACAUUCCAAUUGACCAUCUUCAGGAUAGGAAAGUGGUGGUGCUUGCUAAUUUGAAAGCGAGGAAUAUGCGUGGGGUUAAGUCGAAUGGUAUGCUUAUGGCUGCUUCUGAUGCUUCUCAUGAGAAUGUUGAGCUUCUUGAACCUCAUCCUGAUUCACUUCCUGGUGAAAGGAUAUGGUUUGGUUCUCAACAUGAUCAAGAAAAUCAACUACCUGAACCUGCCUCUCCUAAUCAGGUUCAAAAGAAAAAGAUUUGGGAAUCGGUGCAGCCUCAUCUCAAGACGGAUGAUUCUUGCCAAGCUAUGGUGGGGGAGCAUUUAUUGCAGACAUCUGCAGGUGUGGUGGUGUGCAGAUCUCUGAAGAAUGCAAACAUUUCUUGAGUGAACUUGGAACUUAAAAUUCAUUUAAUUGAAGUAACACAAUCCCUCAUUUUUGCUUUUUGCUGCAA